CGGUGUGUGUAACGCAUGUGGAUGAUAAUGUAACGUCCGCUUUGGAUUUUUACUACGUUAAAGCUCGUCGAUCCGAGGUAAAUUCAAUUAAUUUUAUCAAUGAAAAGAAACAAUUUAAAGAAUCAACAAACAGACACGGAAAUUUAGAGUUUUCACAACGAAACCUUCGGAGCGGGAUUGAAACGUAACCCAAAAAAACUUGACGUUCUUCGCGGGUUUUCGCGCCUUUUUCACACGUAAAGGCCUGGAAAUGUUACCGAACUUGUAAAUAAUUAGUGUAUCCUGUAUAGUUUUUUAUUUUUUAUCAAAUGAUAAAAUCAUUCUGCCGGUUAGACGUAUACGUCUAACCGGCGAAGUAAAAAUGCUUUGUAAUCGAGGUAAUAAAUUGCAAGAUGCACUCGUGGUACAACCACUUCAAAAAGUAGUGAAUUCAUGAGAAAAAAAAUGUUACCAGAUUUCAUUAAAUUAAAAAAUUCUAAGCUGCCAGUUAUAAAUGAAUCCUUAAAUGAAUCAGUAUCCAUCCUGAUAAUAAAUUAACAAAUAAUAAUAGAUGAUAUAAAAAUAUGAAAUUAAGAAUAUGCAGCCGAUGGUUUUAACAUUAUUAUGUUUGAGGAAUUCUUGUCGACUGGAGUGAUCUUAAAAACGGGAUGUGUCAUAUAUGUGAAAACAAAGACUUUAUUAUUCAAAAAAUUACCAACUUUUGUACGUGGCUGUAAAGAGUGUUAAGAAUGCGCGCGCAAUGUAUUCUUCAGACGAAGGGAAGGCGCCAUGGGUCGAGUUGUGUCGCGGGCUGCGCCGCGCGCAGCCAUACUGGGUACGACCGGGUCUGCUAUCCACGGUACGGGCUGGAUGCCAAAAAUUUUAUAUAUUUAUGCUUUAAUGUCCAACGGUUGUCGCGAGUGUUGAAGAAAGAAAAUGUGUUAUUUCGUCAUCAAAGUGCAAAUGUGUUGUGUCAAUCAUUAAAAAAGUUCUAGUGAUAAGAGUCGGUUGAAUUGUCUCAAGAUUACGCACGAGAAUCGGGAAUACUUGACGGUUGGGAAGGGUGGAUACAUUUAAAUCGACAAUUGCAACAGUCGCAUCGUCAAUCACUGGAAGCCCAGGGCGCCAAAGACCGUCGCUGCAAACACGCACGCUCCAUUCUCAAAUUCCAAAGGGACCGAGAGAGUCUUCAACAUCACCACAAGAGUGGCCUCGCCCUCCCGUGCGAUACUCUCGAGACACGAACCGGCGAGAUCCCUUUCCAGCAUGUGCACACCUACGGGACAUCACGAAACAGAGCGAACGAUUCUCCAGGAGGGCGAAAAAGCUGAAAUGUCUCCCUCCAAAACGGCAGUCCUGCAAUCCGUUGGGAAGCAUCGUACGAUCGAUUCAAGUGUGCUCGAAAAUUCGUAUUACAAAAGCGAAGGGAAUGCUUACAUGGUCAUAGCUUUACCGAAAGAACGAAAAGUACUGAAACUGAAAAAAAGUGAUGAAAGCGAGGGAGAUAAACCAGCCGAAGACGGAGGACUUUCGAGGGUCAAAUUGGCUGUGGAUUUCUACAAACGCACAAUGUCCAAGCUGAUGGGGCCUUUCGCAAGAGAGCCUGAGAUCGCAAACUGGAAUUCCGAUGAUUUGCAGGAACAUUUGAAAAAGUUCGAACCCCACAGGCCAGAUAGUCGGCGUCACAAAACUGUGACUGAGAAUUUUGGCACAAUUUUACCCGAUUACACCAUUCUUCCUUCUGAGCUACUUGCAAUAAUCCCGGAUCGUUCACACCAGCCGACUUAUUGCUUAGAAAUAAAACCGAAAGAGCCUCAAGAUCCGGUUUUUCCAAGUGUGUUCGACUUGUGUCCGUACUGUUUACCGUGCCCAGGCCUGAUCUGCAUCGCGCCGAAGAUGUACUGCCCUGGAUGUCUCUUCUCAGGACAAAGAUUUCGCAUCUCCUCGUGUAUAGCAGCGAUGAUUGAAACGCGCUCGAAGAGAUGUAAAAUUUUCAAAAAUGGGCACUUGAUUCGAGACGGUAAAGCUGACGUGACCGAAAGUUCAGCUGAUUUAUUCGGAGAUCCGAGUUCACUUGGUGAAUCACUGACCACCGAAGACGUCGUUGACGUAGUCACUGAGGCUUUGCUGCGUCGAUUUCGUCGAGCGGGCUCGCUCGAUAAUCUGGAAGAGGAACAAUGUCUCAAUGGAUCGUACCUUCUACCGCGUGGCGGCAAACUGCCCGAGGGCUCGGUACUCGAAACCAUUAAUCAUCUUCAAAACCUCUUUCGAUAUGAUAUUCGAGAGAUUCAUCGUAGAUACGCCGAUAAGUUAUCAACGUUGGACGACCGGAUGGUCUAUUCUUCGAAGGAAGUUGGUGAUGAAAAUUCGGCGGAAUUGCUCCCUCUGAAACAUUAUCUCGUUUAUCGUAUUAUAAGAGAUUGCUCGAUACUCGUCGCCUUUCAGCAAAUUCAUGAGUCGAUGGACCUGCCUUCAAAGAACGUUUUGAAAUCUGCCAAUCGUAAUUUCGUAUUCAACGUCGCUGUUACGGAUUUGGACCCAAAAAGCAUCCACUGCAUCGAGAAACAUUACCGUAAAGCUCAAUAAGGAGAAGCGGGGAAUGCUGAGGAAAGGGCAACUACGUAACUGCGAUUCUUCGAUAAAGCCCAAUAUCGUAACUGUGCCAAUGUACGGCCACAGACGUCACACCACACCACGUCACACAAAUUUCAAACUGUUAUCACUCCAAAGUAUGCGGGCGUUGAUAAUUUGGAAUAAGCAUUUCAUGUCAUAUGACUAUGCGAAUUUGAGCGUUACGAAAAACCUGCCAAUAAUCGUUGUUCUUGAAAUAAUUGUUCAAAACUAAAACGAAAUCAACCACAAAGAUUUGCGUGACGUCCUAAAGGAUAUGUGGACUAAAAGACCAAACUUUCGGUCUGGUAUUUGAGUUCCUUUUCCACACGUUUUGAUGUUGAGUAUCCUUCACAGUCAGUAUUCUCAUUAAUUUCUGACAAAUUGUUGGUUUUCCUUCUAUUUUUUUUUUGUAUAAAGUUACAGUUACAAUCUUUAAAUAAAAAUCUACAAACUUUAGCAAAGUUUGGGAUUUCUCUUGAGUGACGCAGAAUAUUAAUGAACACUUCUAUAACGAGACAUCGUCACGCCACUCGGAGGUUCCUUUUGCUUGCAAAGGUGUAUUUUGAAAAAUAAAAAAAAAAAUGAAAAAUAAAAAAAAAUGAAAAA